GCUUCCACGUCCAGCUCGAUCAGAGAUCGGAGGCACCUGCGAGAACUUCCCUCCGGAGCGGCAGUUGGGGUUGCUCGCUCUGCCUUGGCUGCCAGCCCCAUGGUGCACUCCCAGCUGCCCGUCGCGGCUCCUCUCCGCCUGCUCUGCGCCCUCCUGUUGCUGCCCUCGGCGACGAUGAUCCCCGGGGGCCUUUCCCCGAGAUCCGUCACGGAUCCGGACGUGCAGAAAGCCGCCGAGUUCGCCGUGCAAGAAUACAACUCGCUCAGCACAAACGCCUACUAUUACAAGCAGUUGCGCAUUGUGGAGGCGCAGUCCCAGGUAGUCGCAGGGGCGAAAUAUUAUCUGACGAUGGAGUUGAUGAAAACCAAGUGUGCAAAGGCCACCGGCAAGCCAAAGGUGUACAAAGAGAUCCAGAACUGUGAACUUCCUCCAAAGGCUCAGCAGGAG